GCUGCUUCGAAACAGACCGCGGGAUUGCUUUCCUCCUAUUGGUUACUUUACUUUUCGUGCUUUUGCCUGAUUCUUCUCCAAGGUUUUCUCCCUGGCUAAACCGAGCUCAAUCAGAAAACAGUAUUUUCCUCUGAUAAAAAUACUGUGUUUUCCUAGCGAGGGAAGAGAAAGAAGCGCAUGCGCUUGCUUUGGCGGGCCAGGGUGUGCCGUUCGAGGAGCGAAGGGAAAAGGAACAGCUGAGAAAUGACUGCUGGAUUCGGGUCAUUGCUGCGCGAGUGCCCGCUCCUCUUGCCCCAGAACCGGGAAAAAAGUGUCUAUGAGGGCUUCGUCACCGCCCAGGGGAGAGACUUUCACAUAAAGAUAUUGUUACCAAUGGAUGGUCAGUUGAAAAAUGCUAGGAUUCAAUGUAGCUGGCAUCUGAAAAAAUUGCUUCAUGGAUAUCAUCUGAUUUUAAAGCAGAAAACCCUGCUUCACAAAGAUAGGAUGUUGCAAUUACCAAAACUGACUGAGACAAGUGUGCAGUGCGGGAAAGAGGCAUGGACAGAAAUGAGAUUGGAACAUUCUUCAGAUCUAGUCAGUUUCAUGGUAGAGUUGAAGACUAUUUUGGAACUUGCUUUGAAAAACACAGAAGAAUUGUGUGCUCAACCACCUCCACAAUAUUAUUCUGGCCUCAUCGGAGAUAUAGAAAAUUUGGGAUGGAAUAAGUAUUCAUGUUUAUUAUCUUCUGCAAAUACCAAACAGGUUCUGUUUAUUGAUCCUGCUUUUAGUACCAUCAGGUUAAAAGCUGAAGACUCUUCUGGUCGGGAUCAUCAAAUCACUUUGAAAUUAAAUUCAAAAUAUCCCAGAGAGCAACCAGACUGUUCUAUUGACUUACCAGUUCAGUUUUCUUUUUCCUGGACCCCACAGAGUUCCUUACUGAGCAUUCACAGUCAGUUCUUGGCAGCAUUAGAAUCACUGAAGGAGUUUUGGGAUGUUCUAGAUGAAAUUGAUGAGAAGACCUGGGUUCUUGAGCCAGAGAAACCCACAAGGAGCUCUACAAGGCGAAGGAUUGCAAUUGGAAGCAACAUUUCACUUAAUAUAGAGGUAGAUCCCAGACACCCUACCAUGCUUCCUGAAUGUUACUUUCUUGGAGCUGACCAUGUGGUAAAUCCCUUGAAAAUCAAGCUGAAUAGCAAUAUACAGAUGUGGAACCCGGAAAAUAGUUUAUUAAAAAAUUUAAAAGAGAUUUUAGAAAUUGAUUUCCCAUCUCGAGAAGCUCUAGAAAAAACGGACUUCUCUAUGGAUUGUGGUAUUUGCUAUGCUUAUCGUCUGGAUGGGGCUAUUCCAGACCAGGUUUGUGAUGACUCUCAUUGUGGCCAAUCUUUUCAUCAAGUUUGUUUAUAUGAGUGGUUACGUGGGCUUCCUUCAAGUCGGCAAAGUUUUAAUGUCAUAUUUGGUGAAUGCCCAUAUUGUAGUAAGCAAAUCACACUGAAAAUAUCUACUAAGAAAAUCUGAAUACAAAUGGAUAACUGCAUUUCCUGAGCACUUCAAAGGAAAUAGAGAGAGACCAUUAUUAAGAAGACAAGGACAACAAUGGCCACAAUAUACUGAAACAG